AUAGUUUUUAUCGGGACAACUUCUCAGUCUCAGACAUGCUCCUGUCUCCUUUGUCCGAAUCUCUUCUUCUAUCAAUCAAUCAAUCUAUGUGACCUAAAUUCGUUUACAUUCCAAUUGAUUCCAUAGGAGCAAUGCCAGUUUCUAUGGAGCUUCCCGUCUUCUCCACUCUCCGAGUACCACCAUUGUUCUCUCGUCUACCUCUCCUUCCUUCUCUCGGCAUUCAAUUUUCAUCCGCUGCUGCUGCUGCUGCUUCGGCGCGAUUGAAUUGCACCGCUCGAAAGGCGCGUCGAAGGAUUUGCGUGAUGUGCUUGGUGAGAGAUUCUGCUUCUGCCUCUGCAGAGAGAGAUGGAGAUGGGAUUGAGGUCGUUGUCAUCGGUAGUCGCAAGGAAUCCAUCAUGGACUCUUGCUUGGAUUCUCCUUUUCUUUCUCUUCCUCUCCGCUUCUGGAGUAUAAGCAGAGACAGCUCUGGAGAUUCAGUCUUACAGCCGAGGCUCCAUCACCAAGAUAAUGUUCUCAAGACCAUGAAUCCAGUUGAGCUUAUACAGUCACCUCCAAAGGCCUUCAUCCUUGUGGCUAGCGCCGGAUAUGGUUCUGACCAGGUUGAAGCUAUUAAUAUUCUUAGUGCAGUAAGAUCUGGGGGUAGCUUGGCUGUUGCUGUGCUAUUAAGACCUUUCAGCUUUGAAGGUCGAAGGCGUCUUGAAGAGGUUAACGAACUGGCUAAAAAACUGCAGCAACACACCAGUUUUUGUAUAGAUAUCGACAUUGAGAUUUUACUACAGAAGGAUUUGGUAACUUUGGAUGAGGCGCUAAGAAAUGCAAACAAUGCUGUCUCGAAGGCAAUUAAUGCAGCAUCUGCUCUGAUAAGCGGGAUGCAUGGAAACUUUAUCGACGUGAUGCAUAAAGAUCUUAAAGAACUUGAAGGCUCAGAAGUCACAACGAUUUUAGAAAGCUACAAAGAGGCAAAGGUUGGUUUUGGAGUUGGUCACAACCUUAAGACUUCUAUUUUACAAGCUAUAUACGACUGCCCUUUCUUUCGCCCUGGUGUAAAGUUAUCUACUAUGCAGGAUCUAAAGGCCAUUAUAUGCAUCGUGGCUAGCUCGGUAGCUCUUCAGAAGAAGGACGUGAGAACAAUUCUCCGCACUUUUCGUCAAACAAUGGAGUACACUGGAGACAUCAUAGUAUCGACUGUUCAUGAACCUGAUCUAGAGCCUAAAGUCCUCGUCACAACUUUUUUUAUCCUAAGUUCUGAAGAAGAAACUUCCAGCAAAGGCAACAUUUUUUCUGGUGUUUUGCCCUUUGUUGUGAAUAUCUUCAAGAAAUAUCGUUCACAACUCCAAAAGGAAACAAGUAGUGGACUUGGAGAAGCGCUGGUUACAAUGGAAGAUUCAGCAGCCUCUUCUGACGUACAAGUUUCUAAUCAGAGUGUUGAAGGAUUUGAAAUUGACUCUAAGGAAGUCCUGGAAGUUUCUGAGAGUGGUGAUAGUGAAUACCUAGUAAAAGAGGAGGAACCAUCUAGGAACAGUCGUCUGGGUCUUGGAGAUGAGAAUAUAGAAGAUUAUGGUGCUAUCCAGAGGGAACCAAUUGCUAAUUGGAGUGUGGAUCCUGGAUAUCAGAUUGAGCAGCAACGGCCAGCUGAUUCUGGAGACACUGCAGUGCUUAGCCUGGGUGUUGUCAACCUUCCUGUUGGUGUGAGACCUUCAAAGAAUUCGAACAGUAGUCUCAGUGUCGCUAGUCAACCCUCUAAGAAAGCUGGUUCUAGAGAUGAAUCAUUUUUCAAUCUUAAUAGCUCGACAAAAGGCUCUAGUGAUGAUACUGCAUCUACCCUGCUCUCUGAGAAAUAUGCUGACUUCACAAAACAAAGAAACCUAUCCGCUCGUGCAGCGUCUAUGCUGGAAGCUGAAAGAGAUUCAUCAAAAAGAUGGAGUCCUAUUCAAGAGAUGCAGUACAGAGGAGGAUUGUUCAAGGGAAGAUGCCAAGGAGGCCUUCCCGAAGGAAAGGGUCGUUUGGUACUUGGAGAUGGAAGCAUAUAUGAUGGGAUGUGGCACAACGGUAAAAGAUCUGGUCUUGGAACGUUCUACUUCAAGAAUGGUGACGUGUUCCAAGGCACUUGGAGAGAAGAUUUAAUACACGGAAAGGGCUGGUUCUAUUUCCACAAAGGUGACCGGUGGUUUGCAAAUUUCUGGAAAGGAAAAGCGAGCGGGGAAGGACGGUUCUAUUCAAAGUCAGGUGAGAUAUUCUUUGGACAAUUUAAAGAUGGAUGGCGUGACGGACACUUCCUCUGUAUAGACGUGGAUGGAACAAGAUACUCUGAAACUUGGGACGACGGUGUUCUUAUUAACCGGAAACAAAUGGACGCCGGAGAUUGAUUUCGUCCAAGCAUCCUCUAAAAAAGUGUGUUGUAAUAUGUAUAGUGCAGAUCGACUUUUUGUCCUUUUUUUCUCAGGUUUUUUAUUACAAAAACUCAUAGAAAGGUAUUCCUUUGACUUAACUCCGCACGUUGUCUUAAUUUUCUUUGAUCAGAUGUUGUAAAAGUAACGAAUCCAAUACCAAAUCUACCGGACC